AUGCCUAGCUAUUCAACAAUCCUCAAGGGCCUUGUCGCCCUGGCGCCUUUCGCGGCUGCCGCUCCCGCACAGAUGGCUGUUCGCUCAGCCUCUGCUUCGGCUGCCAUGGCCAUGUCAACUGGUGCGGCCCCAGCGGCUGCUGCAGCAGCACCAGGAGGAGGCCUGACCGAUGUGGACAUUCUCAACUUUGCUCUGACCGCUGAGCAUCUUGAGUCCGAAUACUACAAGCAGGGUUUCGCAAAGUUCUCCAUGGCCGACUUCAUGGCAUUGGGUCUCAGCGAGACUCAAGUCAAGUCUCUCAUGGGUGUCGGCCAGACCGAGGCCACUCACGUGUCAACCCUCAUCUCUGCCAUCGCCGCAACUGGCUCCAAGCCAGUCGAGGCAUGCACGUACAACUUCGACGCUGCUCUUGCGAGCGCGGAUGCCAUGGUCAAGACCGCCCGUGUCCUUGAGGCUGUCGGUGUCUCUGCAUACCUCGGAGCUGCACCCCUCGUCAACUCUUCCGAUGUCCUUGCUGCCGCCGCUUCGAUCGUUACCGUUGAGGCUCGUCACCAGGCCUUCAUCCGUGUCGCUUCAGGUGCUGAGCCCGUCCCUGCUGCUUUCGACGUACCUCUUCAGCCCCGUGCCGUCUUCACUCUGGCUGCCCAGUUCAUCAAGUCCUGCCCAGAGGGAUCCAACCUUAACAUCCAGCCUUUCCCUGCGAUCUCUCUCCAGAACCCUGAGAAGGCAACCGUUGGCCAGAACCUCAAGCUUACCGACUCCUGCCCAGCCAGCAGGCGCAUCCUUCUUGGUGGCGCUCAAUUCUCUGCUAUCAGCAACGGCAACUGCAUGGUUCCCCAGAACCUUGCAGGUGAGGUCUACAUGAUGAUCACCAAGUCAAAGUCCAUUGCCGACGCCGAGGUCCUUGCCGGUCCCUCCGUCAUUCAGCCCUCAUAG